GGGGCACAUAAAGACUCAAAGUUAUAAGAGAUUACUGCCAGAUAGAUUUAAACAAGUUGAGCUGCUGAAAGAAAACUCAAAAUUGGACAAUGAAUUUGAGGAUCUGAAAAUUUGAAGAGACUGAUCUAUUAUUACUUACUUCUCCAACAGAAGCUUCUACUCGUAGGGUCUCCGGUGUGUACUAGUCACUGUCCGAAGGUCGAAUUUUCAGGAAAUAUGUGCCUUGUUCUGCAAAUCCUCUCAUUAACUUGCAGGACAAGAGCAAAAACAGAUUUAAGAUGACAGAUAGCUGUGAAAAUUUCCUGUGUUUCUUCUCAAAACCAAAAUGUCUAAUCUAAUCAGACAACACGCUGUCAUCCUGUGGUCCGGACUAGGAAUAGUCUCCACUGCCGCCUCGACUUUUGUCCUCACUCGUAUCUCUACCCGCAAGUUGUAUCAAAAGGCCCUUGAUAGAAGCCAAGAAAGGAUGAAUGAUAACGCAGGUGGUAAGCAUCAAGCAACUGAACAUGGAGGACCAUUGGGCGAAACAAAAAUGGAGCCUUCAGUAAAACACAGCAUUGGAUUGACGAUCCGACGAUGUACGUGCCGACCAAUCGCUUCCGGGAUAACCAACUGGCCAGAAAUCAGAAAGAUCAUGUCAGCCUUUGAAAAUGCGGACCCAAAAGAUUGUAAGGGAUCUCAACGAGAUGUAUAUCGAGACAAGAUAAUUGAAGAGUUCUCUUUGGGUACCGAGAAAUUAUCAUGUGACACACUCAAAAGGAUUUAUGAAAGCAUCAUCGAGAGGCCAUAUCAAAAGAACGGAGCACGAAUAAGUAAAUAGGAAUGAGGAGAUAGGAAUGAGGAGAUAGGAAUGAGGAGAUGGAUGGGAGAGCAGCUGAGAGUUUUCGUAUGCAGUCGAAGACUGUGUACAUUGUGGAACGUUCUACACUAGCUGUUCUACCUUACUUGUUGGUGGGUA